UGGGCUGGCUUCUCCUCCCCCUCACUAGUCCUCGUUCCCGGUUCCGGUUCCGGUUCGUCUAGGGUUUAGCGGCAGGCAUGGCGGAAGAGUACCGUUGCUUCGUCGGCGGCCUCGCCUGGGCCACCAACGACCAGUCCCUCGAGCAGGCCUUCUCCCAGUUCGGCGAGAUCACCGACUGCAAGAUCAUCAACGACAGGGAGACCGGACGUUCCCGCGGGUUCGGCUUCGUCACCUUCUCGAGCUCCGAGUCGAUGAAGAACGCCAUCGAGGGGAUGAACGGCCAGGACCUGGACGGCCGCAACAUCACCGUCAACGAGGCCCAGUCCCGCUCCGGCGGCGGCGGCGGAGGCGGCGGCUACAGGGGCGGCGGCUCCGGAGGCGGCGGCUACGGCCAGCGUCGCGAGGGCGGCGGAGGCGGCUACGGAGGCGGCGGCGGCUACGGAGGUGGCGGCGGCGGCGGCUACGGCCAGGGCCGUGAGGGCGGCUAUGGCGGUGGCGGCGGCUACUCCCGCGGCGGCGGCGGCGGUGACUCUGGCAACUGGAGGAACUGAAUGGUGGCGCCCCGAGUGGCCAGUUAUCCUAGCUAUCCUACCCCUUUGUGUUACUUUGUUAUCGCCCCCGGAGUAUCCUAGGUCUCGCUCCAUCGCUUAGGGUUUGAGACGAUUAUGGUUACCAUUAGGUGUCUGUGUUACCAUCG